AUGCAUCUGCAUAUUUUGGGUAUUUGUGGCACCUUUAUGGGGUCUUUAGCGCUUUUAGCACGUGAUCUUGGCCACACAGUGACGGGUUCGGAUCUAAACGUUUAUCCUCCCAUGUCGACCCAACUCGAAAAUGCAGGCAUUACCUUAAUGCAAGGUUAUGACCGCAGUCAUUUGCAACCGCAUCCUGAUUUGGUCAUCGUCGGCAAUGCGAUGAAACGCGGGAUUGAUGCAGUUGAAUACAUGCUCAAUGAAGGCUUGCCGUAUAUUUCAGGCCCACAAUUUUUGGCCGAUCAUGUGCUCCAAGGCAAACACGUACUUGGCGUAGCAGGAACCCAUGGUAAAACCACCACCACCACCAUGUUGGCUUGGGUAUUGGAUCAGGCAGGUUUAGAGCCGGGUUUCCUAAUUGGCGGUGUACCUUUAGGUUUCUCUGAAAGUGCGCGUUUAGGUGCUGGCAAGUACUUCUGUGUCGAAGCCGAUGAAUAUGAUUCUGCCUUUUUCGACAAACGUUCGAAGUUCGUGCAUUACCACCCAAAAACAGCCAUUUUAAAUAACCUUGAAUUUGACCAUGCCGAUAUUUUUGAUGAUCUAGCAGCGAUUCAAAAACAAUUCCAUCACUUGGUUCGUACCAUUCCAAGUGAGGGUCGUAUCAUUGCUCCAAUUACUGAAAGCAAUAUUGAUGAAGUUUUAGAGCAGGGCUGUUGGACACCUGUGGUUCGUACCUCUUUAGAGGCCCACGACAAGUCUGAAUUGUAUGCCGAACAACUCAGUGCUGAUGGUUCACACUUUAAAGUACUCCAACACGGCGUGGUGAAAGGCACGGUGCAAUGGAACAUGACAGGGCAGCACAGCGUAGCCAAUGCUUUGGCGACUAUCGCUGCGGCUGAACACGUUGGCGUGAGCAUUGAAACAGCGUGCGCAGCACUGUCUAACUUUGGUGGUGUGAAGCGCCGUAUGGAGCUUUUAGGCACGGUACGUGGCGUUGAAGUGUAUGAUGACUUUGCCCAUCACCCAACCGCAAUUGAUACUACGCUAGAAGGCGCACGUAAGCGUUUAGGCGAACGUAAGUUGUGGGCAAUUAUUGAGCCUCGUUCAAAUACCAUGCGCAUGGGAAGCCAUAAAGAUGGACUUGCGCACUCUGCGCGUUUGGCCGAUGAAGUGAUUUGGUAUCAACCAGAAGGUUUGGACUGGGACUUGCAACCUGUCAUUGCGGCUGCACCCAACAAGGCCGUGGUCGCACGUACAUUAGAUGACAUUAUCCAUACCAUCGUCAGUGAAGCAGGCGAGGGCGAUGCUGUCGUGAUCAUGUCCAAUGGUGGCUUUGGUGGUUUACACCAAAAAUUGAUCAGUGCCUUAAACGCAGAAUAA